AUGUCCGAGGGGGCCUACCAGCGCAUCUGGGACUCGACCCACACCAGCCUGCAGGCGGCGCUGGCGCAGGAGCAGCCCCUGCUGGAGCCGGUGCCCGAGGGCCAGCGCCAGGACCUGCUGCACCGGCUCUCGUCGCUCUACCUGGUGUACCUGGGGCUGCUGCGCCGCUUCGACACGCUGUACGACCAGAUGGUGCACCCGCAGAAGCGGCGGCUCCUGCGGCGGCUGCUGGAUGGCGUGGCCGGCCGCGUGCUGGAGCUCAAGGACGAGAUGGUGCGCGUGGACCUGAGCGAGACGCACUGCCUGGACCGGGAGCUGUUGGAGCAGCGGCUCACCCCGGCAGACCUGGAGGUCCCGAUCCCCAAGUACUUCCUCCUGGAGCAGCCGGAGGCCGUGAAGGCGCGGGCGGGCCUGCUGGCGGAGAUCCUGUCCACAGUGAGGCCCUCAGGUCCCACAGAGAGCUACGUCGCGAUGAGCCGGACAGAGGCCAUCAUCAUCAUCCAAAUGACCGAGCGAGCCAGGCAGGGCCAGCUGCGGGCGACCUUCAUGCGGGAGAUCCAGGAAGAGGCGGAGCGGGAGCGGAAGGAGGAGAAGCGGCCCAAACUCACUCCAGAGGCCGCGGCCGUCAAAAUGCAGAAGGUCUGGAAGGGGUACCGGCAGCGGAAGGAGACCCUUCUGGACAAGCAGGAGGAGAUGGAGCUCAUCGGCAUGGUGAGCCCCCACCUGACCCGGCACCUGGACAUCAUGACCAAGGCCAGGAACCGGGAGAGCCUGCGCAGGGCCCGGCAGGCGGAGAAGGAGGAGGAGUUCCAGCGGGCCCAGGCCCAGGCCUGCGAGACCCUCCGGAGGGUCGAGGGGCCUGAGAUCAGGGAGCAGCUGAGCGCGCAGAUCCGACAGUGGUUUAUAGAGUGCCAUGCUCUCACUGGCCAGUUCCCUCAUUAUCCAGAUGAGUCCGUGGGUGGGUCCAGCGUGAUCUUUGCGGACAAGACUCCCGAGCAGGUGAAGCAGGAGCUCGACCUGUCCCAGGACACCAAAAAGAAGGAGCAGAGGAAAGGCAAGAAAAAGGAAAGAGAGAAACAAGAGGCGCCGAAGGGGGAGAGGAAGAAAGGGGGCACAGAGGACCCGAUGCUGACGGUCCAGCUGUCCAAGUUCGUCCCCUCCAUCAACAGCGGCCACCAGGAGUACACGGAAGUGUGGAAGAACCGGCUGGAGGGCGCGCACCCCAGCCAGACCUUUGACGGCGAGGCGCUGCACCUGAUGAAGAGGAAGGACGUGGAGACGGAUAUCCGGGUGCAGGUGGACGAGCUCAUGCGUCAGGAGCUGAGGAGCCUGCGCCUGGCCGUGGACCGGGACAGAAGACCCUCGAAGCUGCCGAAGAAGACGCAGAAGGCAACGAGGAAAAAGAAGGAGAAAGACCUGACCGCCGGCAGGACUCUGGAGUCGCUGUUUGAGGAGCUCGUCCUCCUGGGCUUCCUCACCCAGAGCCAAACCGUGGCACUGAAAGAUUACAUUGGGGACUGUAUCUACGUGGGCUCUUCCCUGAGUCUGACCAACAAGCUGCCCACACCGUCCCUGUUUGACAUCCGCCAGAACAUGGCUCUGUACGCAGUGCUCCGGCUCGGCUCCCCAGACAUCCAUGCCUUGGCCCCCCACAUCCGCUCCCUCCUCCUGGUGGGCCCGGCCGGCAUGGGGAAGAAGAUGCUGGUCAGAGCCGUGUGCACGGAAACGGGAGCCAACCUGUUCGACCUGUCGCCCCAGAACCUCGAGAACAAGUUCACGGACAGGGCCGGCGCGCAGAUGCUGCUGCACAUGGUCUUCAAGGUGGCGCGGCUCCUCCAGCCCUCGGUGAUCUGGAUCGGGGACGCGGAGAAGAACUUCCGUAAGACGGUCUCUAAGGAAGAGAAGCAGACGGACCUGAAGCAGAUCAAGAAGGACCUGACCAGGGCCGUGAGCCUGCUGAGCCCGGGGGACCGCGUGAUGCUCAUCGGGACGACGGAGCAGCCGCAGGCGGCCGACCUGAAGGGGCUGUGCCGCGUGUACCAGCGCAUCCUCUACCUGCCGCGCCCCGACUACGGGUCCCGCUACGUGCUCUGGAAGCAGAUGGUGGAGGCCAAGGUCCUCCCGAACUCCAGCCUGGACUUCAGCUCCCUGGCCAAGGUGUCCGACGGCUACACGAGCGGCGCCAUUGUCCAGAGCAUCGAGGCGGUGCUGACGGACAGACGACUCUUGCACAUGAACCUGCGGCCGCUGGUGACCUCCGAGUUCAUGGGGCAGCUGGCCAAGAGGGACCCGGUGUAUGCCGAGGAGGAGGAGGCCAUGAAGGACUGGUACCUCAAGACCCCCCUGGGCAAACUGAGGCUGAAGAUGCUCCAGGAUCUGCAGGCCGCCGCCGAGGAGGCCGGUCAGGGGAAAAAGAGGAGGAAGAAGUGAAGGCCAAGAGGGA